CUGCAGUCUACAACCUCUCAAAUCAUCAGCUGUCCCUGCGUCUACCAGAGGCAAAGUCGAUCAUUAUGGCUGAAGAAAAUGCUGUUGAUUACUCGCUCGCGAACCCUGAUACCUUGACCAAAUAUAAGACUGCUGCAACGAUCUCGCAGAAGGUCCUCGAAGCUGUCACAGGAUGGUGCACUGAGGGUUCGAAGAUUGUCGAGCUUUGCGAGAAGGGCGACCAGCUCUUAUCGGACGAAAUUGCGAAGGUGUACAAGGGGAAGAAGAUUGCUAAAGGCUUCUCGCAUCCGACGACUAUCUCCCCGAGCUCCUACAUUACCCCUUACACUCCGCUCAAGACCGACGCCGAAGAAGCCGAGACUGUACUCAAAGCCGGAGAAGUUAUCAAGAUCCAGCUGGGUGCUCAGAUUGAUGGCUUCGGCACUAUCGUCUGCGAUUCUAUUGUGGUCGCCGGCGGAAGCAACAAGGAUGGCAAGGUGUCUGGCAGGGAGGCAGACCUUCUUCUUGCUACGCAUUAUGCUAAUGAGCUCCUUCUACGCAUGAUGAUCCCUCCUGGUACUCUGGCUACGACUGAGGAAGAGAAGACUAAGGCUGCUACGCAGAAGCCAUACAGUCAGAGCAAGAUUACCCAGCUGGUUGAGAAAGUUGCGAAGAGCUAUGGCUGCAACAUUGUAGAAAGCACCACUUGCUGGCUCUUUGAGCGCAACGAGAUUGAAGGCAAGAAGAAGAUCAUUCUUUCUCCUGGUGACAGCGUCCGUGGCGAGGGGUUGCCUGAUGUCUCAGAGGUCUGGGGAGUUGAAAUGGGUGUGAGUCUAGGCAGUGGUAAGGUCAAGACUUUGGGCAAUCGACCCACCCUGCAUCGUCGCACCACUACUACCUACGGCCUGAAACGUCCCAGCUCAAGGACUACACUUUCGGAAGUACAGAAAAAGUUCGGUACCUUUGCCUUCAGCUUACGCCAACUCGACGAUGAGAAGUCCGCAAAGGUCGGCGUUGUCGAGUGCGUUCGGGGUGGAGUCUUCCGCCAGUACGAAGUUGUUGGUGACAAGGAUGGGGAGCCAGUUGGAAGGGUAUUCACCACAGUUGCUCUCACUAAGAACGGGUUGACACGUUUGGCUGGCCCUCCUACGCCAGAUUUGAGCAAAUUCGAGACUGACAAGAAGAUCACGGAUGAGGAGAUUCUUGCCAUCUUGGAGCAGCCUAUUGGUAAGCCCCCAAGCAACAAGAGCAAGAAGAACAAGAAGAAGAAGAAGAAGCCCGCCAAGAAGGUAGAGGAGGAAGAGGACGACGACGACGACGAGGAGGACUCUGACGAUGAGUAAGCCAUAUCUGAAGGUUCAAGACAUGAUGCACCCAAAAUCCUGCUGCGG